CAGUAGGUUGCCAUAAACGGUUAGUGGAGUAGCGCCAGAAUGUUAGUAAAAACCAUCAUUCUGAUCGUCCUCUUGGGCGUUUUUGAUAUUAGUUAUGCAAAAAAGGGUUUCGGUUCUAGUGAACAAGAAUGGGGUUUCGUGAAUGUUAGACCAAAGGCACACAUGUUUUGGUGGCUUUAUUAUACCACUGCAGAUGUUCCAACUUAUUAUGAAAAGCCUCUAGUCAUUUGGUUACAAGGUGGACCAGGAGCAUCGUCAACUGGCUAUGGAAAUUUUGAAGAAAUCGGUCCACUUGACCGCAAUUUAAAAAAUAGAAACUACACUUGGGUAAAGGACUACAACGUACUUUUUAUUGACAAUCCUGUGGGAAGUGGCUUCAGUUACACAACUUCUAGUGCAGCUCUAGCCAAAAACAAUCAACAAAUUGCUUCUGAUCUACUAGUCUGCAUUGAAAAUUUCUUAGAACAAUUCCCUCGCUUUGCUCAAGUUCCUACUUAUAUAACUUCCGAAUCUUACGGAGGAAAAAUGGCUGCUGAAUUUGCAUACAUCUGGUAUAAGGCUCAAAAGAGCGGUUCGAUAAGAAGUAAUUUGAAAGGAGUGGGUCUUGGAGAUUCGUGGAUCUCACCGAUCGAUUCUGUGCUGACUUGGGCGCCAUUUUUACUCCAAACGGGGAUGGUUGAUACACAAGGAUACCAGACAAUCAUGAAAUCAGCAAACCAAACGAGAGCAGCUGUUGAGGCAGAAGAAUGGGAAUUGGCUACUGAACUCUGGAGUAUGACAGAAUCAAUCAUUCUUAAUAUGACCAAUAAUAUUGACUUCUAUAAUAUUCUUUACAAAACGAAACCGUCUUACAACUUGGCUUCGCAAGUUCUCAACAAUCGCAUUGGAGACGAUGGAAGCUUAGAAGUUUCAACAAUCGAAGAUCUUAUACUCGAAAAACUGAUGAACUUCGGUGUCAAGAAGGCCCUGAGAUUAAAUUCGACUUGGGGUGAACAAAGCUCUGAAGUUUUUUAUGCAUUAUUAGGAGAUUUUAUGAAACCUGUAAUAGAUACAGUGGAACUUCUUUUAAAUGAGACUGAUAUAAAUGUGUUCGUAUACAAUGGACAAUUGGAUCUCAUCGUGGACACUCCAGGUACGCUUCUGUGGGUUGAGAAACUCAAGUGGAAGAAUGAUUUUAAUUGGAAACGAGCCUCCAGGAAACCAGUCGUUGUAAACAACAUUAUAGAGGGAUAUGUCAAAGCUUCUGGAAAUUUCAAAAUGUAUUGGAUAAACCGAGCUGGACACAUGGUUCCUACUGAUAAUCCUGCAGGCACAGCGGCAAUGUUGAAGGAUUUAACAAGCGAUGCUCAGGAUUGAUAAACUUUUUUGAAUCGAGGGAAUCUGAAAUCUGCUUGUGUGGGUCCACAGAAAUUACUUCAACUUCUGAUUCUUCCUUGAUUUCACAAUAGGAGUGACCAUCUAAACUCUUGAAGAAUCGACCGAUGCAUUCAACUCCGAGACCAACCUGAAAAAUAAGUUGUUAUUCAUAGUUUAGAUAAAAUUCACUUUCUUCCAAUAAUUUUUUAAAAACUUUAUGCAAAUUAUAAUCAACAAACCACUAAAGUUUUUUAAAAGUAAUGCACGUUUAAUAUUUAAAAGAAAAAUUAGGUAUGACUUAAAAUUCUACCAAUGUGAACGCUUGAAAAUAUGUCUUCAAUUUCUAAAGCACUGUUCAUGUCUUCCUCAUCAAAUUGGAAUUUUAUUUAAAAAUUGUUCACUUUUAUAUUCUUAAGCCUUGAAAAUUUGUUAUUUCAAGGCAUUUAAUUUGUAAUUAUUGUUCAAUCUGAAUCUAAUAUUUCGAUCCAUUGUUUUACCUUAUUUU